CUGACGGGGACGUCACAAGCGUACCUUCUACAGACGGGUGUAGUUGGUUUCACUCACCUUAGAUGAAACAGAGAGUGAUUGGAGGUGCUGAUCCGUUCAUAACCUUCUGAAACAGCCGCGAAGAAUUUGCCACAAGAGCCAUGAGGCGGACUAAGGCGGACGUGGAGCGUUAUAUAUCUACCGUACAAAGCGCCUCUCCUUCCCAGAAAGCGAGGCCAGACAAAGGAUUUCUGUUUGCUAAACUAUACUCUGAGGCUAAGGAGUAUGAACUGGCUAAAAGACAUGUUUCGGAGUAUCUAACCAUCCAGCCGAAAGAUCCUAAAGCCCACAAGUUCCUCGGGCAGCUGUUUGAGCGUGAUGGUGAAACAGACAAAGCAGUGGGAUGUUACAAGCGAUCACUGGAUCUAAAUCCGGCUCAGCACGAUCUGGUCCUGAAGGUGGCUGAGCUGCUGUGCGGUAAACCUGAUCAUGACAGCCGAGCCGAGUUCUGGGUGGAUAAAGCGGCCAGGCUUCUGCCAGGACAUCCCACCGUCUUCAAUCUGAGGGAGAAGCUUCUGAGCGCUCAGAGCGGCUCUUACCAGCUGUAUGAGUUGCUGCAGUCGGAGCUGAAGCUGCGGCCCGCCGACACCUACAUCAACCGCAAGCUGGUGCAGCUCUACAUCGCUGACGGCCAACAAGAAGACGCCGUCAAACACUGCCUUGCCGUGGAGAAGGCCGGCGUCCUGCGAGACUGUCUGGAGUGGUACGAGCUGUUGGUCGACACCCUUCAGGAGUAUCUCUGCCAGCUGAACGUGUCAUCAAAUGAACAAGCAUCACGCAAGUUUCACAAAGAGCUGCUGCUGGCGCUUAGCAGCCGCGUGAGACUGACACUAGUGCUGAAGGGUUGUGAGGAGAGCACUGCUGCACUCUGGAGUUUUGACUGUGCGAUGCAGGCUCUAAAGAACACAGCUACAAACACAGAGGACAAGCUGGCAGAGGUGUUUACGGAGAUGAGAGCACACCUGUACCUGUACGCCGGGACGCUGCUGCUGAAGAGGGCACAGGACGGGGCGCAGCAGUGGAGGGCCGUGUUGGAUUUGGCCACUCUCUGUUAUCUCAUAUCCUAUCAGUCUCCAAGACCCAAAGCCAAGAGCUUUAAAGGUGAGCAGGUGUCCCAUGAGCCUCUGGAGCUACUGGCCUGUGAUCGUCAGAGUCAGGCGGGUCACAUGCUGCUGAAUCUGAGCCGGGACGUGGAGCAGCUGCUGAAGGACGUGGUGGAGGCGUUCGGGAACCGGAAUGGCCCAGGCCAUCUGUUUGACGACCUCUUCGGCUCACAAUCAGAGGCACAGCUCUCUUUCAUCUGCAACGAUGACAUCCACAUCCUCAGGGCACAGGUGCCCAAAGCCAUGGAUCUGGCCAAGUGGGACAGAGGAGCAGUGUUGCUGCACGCGGGCGAUCUGCAGCAACUGGCGUGGCUCGGCCUGCAGUGGGCACUCAUGGGUCAAAGCGUGAAUCUGCAGGACUGGCUCAAGCAGCUCUUCCCUCUCCUCACACUUGAGACCUCCAAACUGAACACCAAUACGCCUGAAUCCAUCUGCCUGCUGGACCUGGAGGUGUUCGUGUGUGGCGUGGUGUUCUGCAGUCAGACGGAGCUGCAGGAGAGAGCGAAGAUGCCGUCCUGCUCUCAGCCACACAAGCCGCGCUGUCUGCCGCUGCACAUCAUGAAGCAACUGUUGUCUGACAGGCAGAGAGAGUGGUGGGAUGCCGUCUACAGCCUGAUUCACAAGAGAGCGCCGCCCGAGAUGACUGCUAAACUACGUCUGGUCGUUAAGCUCGGUGUGGCCACACUGCGUGCUGGAGAGGAACACGGCCUUCAGCCGGCGCUGCUCAUACACUGGGCUAAACAUCUCACUGACAUGGUUGAGCGGGUGAAUGAUCAGAAGGACUAUGCUGGCCGCAGUGUGCACUACUGGAAGGCUGUGUUCCCACUGCUGGAGAAGAUCCGACACAGACGCAGCAUCCCUGAACCCCUCCAGCCCUUGUUCAUGCACUUUCGGAGCAGAGACAUACAGCCUUCUCAGGUGCGAGUAUAUGAGGAAGAUGCUGACAUAAGCUUCGCCAUACUCCUUGACAUCGAGGGCAACACCGAGGAGGCCAUCGUGAAGCUGGAGAAGCUCAACAGCAUCUCGUCUAACUGGCAUCUGGCGAAGAUCUAUCAGAGGCUGUCAGAGGAGGAAGAAAAACGGCUUGAGGAAACUCAUGGCAGGUGCAACAACUUCCUCCUGAUGUUCAGGCAAUACUUGACCAAGAUUUAUCAGGCCAAUGCAGAGGAUGUGGAGAAGUUACCUGUAUCUAUGGAGGAGGUGAUGGAUUCGUUGAAUGAGGUCAACCAGCAGCUUGAGGAUAUUGGUGAUGUGGAUGAAGAUCAGGUGGACUAUCCUCUGACAUCCAGCCCCGGUCAACCCGCUGAAGGCCAUGUUAAAUUCUCCACUCCAUCCCCAUCCAAGAGUGUCACGUCACCAUCCAAAAGAUCUGUGUUCUACGCCAGAAAGCCGCCUUACUGGGUGAAGGACCAGAAGUCAGUGCUGCAGAUGUUAUGCCAGCAGGUCAAGGCCUUGCAGAAUGAGGUUCAUGUCCUGCGCAAUAAUUCUUCAGAUGCCACAACAUCCUCAUAUAGGAUGUAUCGAGACAACAAUGUUGCAGAAGGACUUCAGGAAACAUUUCCUGGUGUUCCUCUCACUGUUGCUACUACAGGUCCCUCUGUGUACUACAACCAGUCUCCAGCGUAUAAUUCACAGUAUCUCCUGCGCACCGCUGAAAAUGUCACACCAGCAAAGGGCCCAGUAUACGGGAUGAAUCGACUUCCUCCACAGCAGCAUAUGUAUGCCUACCAACAGUCAACACACACCCCACCUCUCCAGUCAACACCUGCAUGCAUGUAUCCUCAAGAGCAGGUCUUUGGUCCUCCCAUUCGCUUUGAGUCACCAGCUACAUCUAUACUUUCCCCAUACAGUGAAGAGUAUUACGGUCACAAUGUUCCUCAGCCUGCAGUCAAUCCAACAUUGCCAGAGCCUGGAUAUUUCACGAAGCAGUGUGCUGUUCCAUCCACACAGCCAUCCAGGAGCACUGAAAGCAAGUCUGCCGACCCCAAGAUGAGUUUUGGGUCACAGUUCACCGGUGAACCUGCUAAGGUUCCCAACUUUGGAGGAGUAGGUGCCACCCCAACAACAUCAGCAACAACUGCGUUCAAGUUUAACUCUAAUUUUAAGUCCAAUGAUGGUGAUUUCACCUUCUCCUCUGCUCAGGUGAAAAAUAGCGAAAGCCUCUUGGGACUUCUGACGUCAGAUAUUCCUCCCAAAGUGGAGGUGCCGUUAGAACCGAAACUUCGGAAUGAAGACCAGCCGCUUAGUCAGGGUGGAGUCUUUACUUUUGGGAGUAAAAAUGCUGCAGAAUUUUCGUUUACUGAUGGUGCUCAGAACAAAAUGAAUAUUUUUGGCAACACUGACCAAAGAUUUAGUGUAAUUAAGCCAACAUUAGAUAGUUCAGAGUCUCAGGAAGAGAAGAGCGGGGAAAAUGACAGUGAUAGCACCCAUGUGGAAGAGGAUGAGGAUGGGCCUCAUUUUGAACCCAUUGUGCCUCUUCCUGAUAAGGUUGAUGUGAAAACUGGUGAGGAGGAGGAAGAAGAGAUGUUCUGCAAGAGAGCAAAACUCUUCCGAUUUGAUUCGAAGACGAAAGAAUGGAAAGAGAGGGGCAUUGGCAGUAUCAAAAUCCUGAAACACAAAACCUCUGGGAAAGUUCGUCUGUUGAUGAGGAGGGAGCAGGUUCUGAAAAUCUGCGCUAAUCACUAUAUCACUGCCGAUAUGGCCCUUAAACCAAAUGCUGGAUCUGCCAAAUCCUGGGUGUGGUACGCUAUGGACUAUGCAGAUGAAAUGCCGAAGACUGAGCAGUUGGCCAUUCGUUUUAAAACGGCAGACGAGGCGGCGCUGUUUAAAGUCAAAUUUGAGGAGGCUCAAAAGUUCCUCUCAGAAUCCCCACAAGGCCAACAGACUGAAAAGAAAAGUGAAACUCCACAGCCUCAGGUUUCAUCCAAAGAAGCAGAUCUCAAAACCCUGUUUUCCAAGAAGGAGGGUGAAUGGGACUGCGACGUGUGCUGUGUAAGAAACGCUCCAACAUCUGCGGUAUGUGUGGCCUGCAGCACUCCAGCUCCUUCUACAGCAGAGGUGAAGCCUAUAGAGGAACCAAAAGGCUCUGGCCCUGUUGCUCUUCCUGCCGAAGUAUUUUCUUUUGAACUUUCUAGAGAUUCCGCCAGCACUGAUGUCAGCUCGAAGGUCUUCAUAUUUGGAUCUCAAACACCAGUAUCUUUUAAGUUCGGGUCAAAGGAUGCUGCGGUGACGUCUGCUGGCUUUGGAGCUCAGGCUGAGAUGAAAACAAUUCAGGCUGAUGCACCACAGCAAGAGAAAAUGUCAGCAGCUCCAGCAGUCCCAUUUGGCACUGAAUUUGGUGCUCAGAUUGUCAAGGAAGAGGGUCAGUGGGACUGUGACUCCUGCCUAGUGAGGAAUGAUGCCUCAGCAACUGAAUGCGUUUCUUGCAAGGCCCACUGCAGCAUUGAAAAAAGUAAAGCAGCAUCACAAGGUGAACUAGCUGCCAAGCUCUGCAAAAAAGAUGGAGAGUGGGAUUGUGACACUUGCUUGGUAAGAAACGAUGGUUCAUCUAGCCAUUGUGUUUCAUGUCAGAAAGCAAACUCGAAUAUGAAAAACAAGACAUCUGCUGCACCAUCAAGUUCCUCUUUUACCCUCAGUUUUGGUAGUUCUAGUAGCCAACCUGCUGUGAAAGGAUUUAAAGCCAAUUUCAAUCUAGGCCCUGCUUUUCAGAUUGGUACAAGUAAGGAAAAAGCAUCUUCUGAAGGCUUCAAGUUUGAAUCCUCCACAACUGAGGCUAAAAAGUCAUCAAGCAGUUCCAGUUUUUUAUUUUCCAUGCCGGCACCUGGACGUAAGUUUGGUAUUGCAGAAUCUAAGGCAAAACCGUCAGACAGACAGUCAGAAAGUGGAUCUGCAUCUGACCUCAAAAAUAUUGCUGAGCUUCACAAAGAGAAAGAAAAAGAGGCAGCCCCGAGUUCCUCAGAUCAGUCUGUAGAUGCAGAUAGUCACAACAAUAAUCCCCUCAGUACAGGUAAGCCUAAAAUCUUUAGUUCCAGUGACCUGGGAAAGUCAAAAGAUUUUCAGUUUGGCCUAGAGGAUCCCAAUUUCAAAAGCUUUCCAGGGGCUGGCGAGCAGCUCUUUACAGGGCUUCAUUCCAGCCCCAAGGCCGACACCUUUGGUGAUCAAGAUGAUAAAAUGUACAAAACCAAGGAGAAUGAUGACAUUCAGUUUGUGCCUGUUGUGCCACUGCCUGAUCCUGUUGAAGCCUCAACAGGAGAGGAGAACAAGGAAAAGGCCAAGACACCUGGGGCAAACCUUGGCACUCAAAGCACCAAGACUGUGGUCUCUCCUCCUAAGACUGACAUUGGGCCAGACUCUGUGCAGAAGAUCUUUGGAAGCCCUUUACCACCAAAUGAAUCUCUUGUUACAAUUCCCAGUUCAAAAGAUGAGGAAACCGCUGUCUCAAGACUAAAAACCUCUGGACCGGCAGUGACCAGCCAGUCAUCAGUUGGGACUCCUUUCAGCAUACUAACAAGCGUCACUCUGGAGAGGGCGCAGUGGCCAACUGCCAGCGAGGAGCAGAGAGCCAGCAGUGACUCAAAAGCAGAGGCCGAGAAACUGGACGACAUCAACACUGAGCUGCAGGAGGCACAGGUGAAGCCCAAGCCUUCCCAUGAUACAGCAGCUGUUGACACAAGCGACGACGAAGCAGAAGAGCGUCAGACAGACAUGCUGGUAGCUGACGGCAGCCGUCGCAUCGACCUCUUCACCGAGAGAAGCAGUGAGAGUGACUCCAGCACAUCCACGGGUGAGCACUCAGAGGUCACUCUGGAGAGGGAAAAGCAGCCGACUGCAAACAAGGAGCAGAGAGCCAGCAGUGACUCAAAAGCAGAUGCAGAAAAACUGGACAAAUUCAACACUGAGUUCCCUAAACUGCAGCAGGCACAGGUGAAGCCCAAGCCUUCCCAUGAUGCAGCAGCUGUUGACACAAGCAACGUCGGAGCAGAAGAGCAUCAGACAGACAUGCUGGUAGCUGACGGCAGCCGUCGCAUCGACCUCUUCACCGAGAGAAGCAGUGAGAGUGACUCCAGCACAUCCACGGACUCAGAGGUCACUCUGGAGAGGAAGAAACGGCCGACUGCAAACAAGGAGCAGAGAGCCAGUAGUGACUCAAAAGUGGAGGCUGAGGAACCGGACGACUUCAACACUGAGUUCCAAAAACCGCAGGAGGCACAGGUGAAGCCCAAGCCUUCCCAUGAUGAAGCAGCUGUUGACAUGAGUGACGGCAGAGCAGAAGAGCAUCAGACAAACACGCAGGUUGCUGGCGGCAGCCUUCCCAUCGACCUCUCCACCGAGAGAAGCAGUGGAAGUGACUCCAGCACAGCCACGGGUCUGUCUUUUGGAUUUUCUUCUGUGGGUGGGGUUACAUUUGCAGAUCUGGCAAUGAGCUCAGGCACAUUUUGCAAAAAAGAUGAUAAUUUUACAUGGUCAGGUGCAGGAGCCAGAGUCUUUGGAAGUGGAGCAACACAAACCGAAGGAGAGAAAACAUGCAAUGAAGCAGGAGAGGAGGGCAGUGAUAAUGAGACGCCCCAUAAUGAUGAGAUCCACUUUAAGUCGACUGCUUCUCUGCCUGAGGUGGAGGUAAAGUCUGGUGAGGAAGACGAGGAGAGACGUGAGCGGGUGCAGGCUUCGAGCAGACACGAGCAGGCUUCUACGGAGCUGUCUUAUGGUAAUUUUAAAUGGCCAGGCGCAGGAGCCCCAGUCUUUGGAAGUGGAGCAACACAAACCGAAGGAGAGAAAACACGCAAUGAAGCAGAAGAGGAGGGCAGUGAUAAUGAGACGCCCCAUAAUGAUGAGAUCCACUUUAAGUCGACUGCUUCUCUGCCUGAGGUGGAGGUAAAGUCUGGUGAGGAGGACGAGGAGAGACGCAAGCAGGUGCUGAAAGUCUGCACCAACCACACUGUCAGCCAGAACAUCAAGCUCAAGCCCAUGAACACCUCAGCUAACGCGCUGGUGUGGACCGCCACCGACUACUCAGAGGCGGCCAAGUUCAAGACUCCAGAGCUGGCCGAGUCCUUCAGACGGCCGUUCACCGACAGCCAGAGCCGCAUGUCACAGAAUGGUGCCACUCAGAUGUCCGCUGCUGAGGCGCUUUCACAAGAGUCCAGCCCUGUGGGGUUUUUUGAUAUAACCGUAGAUAAUGAAGAUGCUGGGAGGGAGCACUCGUGACAACGUCUGUGCUUGAUCCUGAUGAGAUAAUGGAUGAGGUCCUGAAGGAUCUCCUGCCAGACCUGGGUCAGGACAUCAGUGAGCUCUUGAGAGUCUAUUGUGCUUCGGAUGUUCUAAUACAUAACAUCCAAAUUUAUUCAGGAAAAUCAACGAUGACACUGUGAUUUUUGGAUCAUGAGUCCCUUUUAAUGUGUUUAUGAGUACAUCAGAUGACCACUUACCCUGCCUAUCUUAGUUGAGGGCAUCAGUCAAGGACUUUACCUUGGCAGUAUAAAAACACUCCCAACAAGAUCAGUCAUUUACAAUUAAUGCAAACUGGGGAGUUGGUGAACGGAUUUAUCUGAAAGAAUGGUGAAAUAACUUUAAAUUGGAGAUCCUCUUUACUGUAUUAUCAACACAAGUAAUACACAAGUGUAUUAAAAUAAUUUUAUUAACAAAAGAAAAACAGUAAUCAAAAACUACUUAACAAUUACUAUGAAUGAUAAUGGAAUAAAGUGCAUAAAA